UUUCUAUGGCUGGUGCGAGUAUAUAUUAUUCACUAAGGUUUACUUAUCGAUACUUUUCUUUAUAUUAAAAUAUUCCUAUUCGAAACGUAUCAUAAUCUAAUAAUAGAGAUGCUCAAUGCGUAUAUUAAAAUUAUAAUUUAGCCACGUGCUCUCUCGCUGUCAGCGUGUUCAAAUCGCGCGUGAUCCCUCCCGCCAUGUUUAGAUGAUGCAAAACAAAGGGUCGUGGCCCUACUGAGAAACCAACGUUUAUUUCUUGAGCAAUUUUUUCUUUUAGUUGGCAUUUCAAAUUUAUUUAAAUAUUACUAUUAAUGCAACACUGCAGACAUAAUAUAAAAUAUUAAAUUUAAUGAUUACUGGAUAUGACAAAAGGUUAUGGAAGAUAUUGCUCAGCAACUAAUUGCCAUAACUGCAAGGGCAAAUUUCCCGACAAAUGUUUCUUUACUUUCCCAAAAGACCUUGAAAGGUGCAAAAGUUGGAUUAUAAACUGUGGAAGAGAAGAUUUACUAACAAAAGAUAAUAAGUAUCUAUAUAAAAAUUGUUGCAUCUGUUCAGAUCAUUUUGAGGAUAAGUGUUUUCUUAAUGACUUGAGGAACAGGCUUGUUCCUAAUGCUAUACCAACAAUUUUCAAUAUGUCUAGCUCACCAGAUAUAGAAUCAAGUGAAACAAAUGAAAGUAUUGAAGUAACAGAAAUUACAAUUAAAAAGGAACCAGUGUGGGAUAGCGAUCCCGACGUUAAUCAUGACAUUAAUUUAGAAUUAGAUUUUGAAAUAGAGAGUGAAAAUAUCAGAGUUGAAAAUGGAGAUAAUUAUAAUAUUAAAAUUAAUGAAGUAAUGCAGCUACCUGAAAGUUCUUUUCAAGAACAAGAAGAAACGUGUAUCAUUAGCUUCAAUGACAACUCAGGAAACAAACUGAUUUUACAAAAUGACAAUGAAGAUUCUACAAGUAUUAUCAUAUCCGACGUUGUUUCAAAUGCUGAGAAGAUUGAUCUUCUAAAUGGCAACGGUGAUUGUUCUUUUCGUACGGAAAACUGUACUGAAUCAAAUUGGAAUAAUGAAACAUUGACAAAUUCUGAAGAAAAUCAAAUUUCUACUAGUGUCAAUCAUGUAAACUCAAAUUCUCCAGAUAAUUUGAUUAUAAUUGAAAGUAGUAAAGAGUUUAUACAAGAUGAAAACAUCAGUCAAGGAUUUUAUGAAAAUGGAAACUUUUCUGUGAAUCAUGAAGAAAAUUUACAACAUUUGAAUCAUAAUUCCCAAGGAAUAAAUAUGUUUCAAAUUGAAAAUGGAGAAUAUCUUCAAUUGAAUAAUAUUAAAGUAGAAAAAGAUGAUGAAAAGUAUGAAAAAGAGUCCGAUUCUGUAGAAUACAAAAACUAUUAUGAAAAUUCCAAAAGUCACAUCUAUGAAAAUUGCACAAAAGAGUUUCCUUCAGGAUUUGAAAUCAAUGAAGAGCAAGGAACAAAAAAUGCUUGUGGAAUGAUAAAAGACAUUUUUACCUGUAAUAUAUGUGAAAAGAAAUUUUUUGCAGUUCAAGAAUUUAUACUUCAUAUACAGGAACAUUUAGGAAAACAAAAUUUUGAAUGCAAAUUCUGUAAAAGGAAUUUUAUUUGGAAUUAUACUUUAAAGAGUCAUCUGUUUAUUCAUGGGGGAGAGCAGCAUGUUCAUUGCGACUUCUGCAAGAAGAGAGCCAGGACGAAAGUUACGUUGAAAAGACAGUCGUGGAACAAUUUCAAAAGGAGGUUUCGGCAUAGAAUUUGGAUGAAAAGAUAUUCAUAUAAAUUAUUUUAUAAACGUCAUAGAAUAAUGCAAAUUAGAACAAAGAGUUUCAGUUGUAAUAUCUGCAGGGAGAAAUUUCUUCUGAGGUCUGAUUUAUUGGAGCAUAUAAAAGUGCAUUUUGGAGGAAAUCGCAGCAGAGAAGUGCUUAAGCCAGUGUUGAAAGUGGAAGACCCGGAUGAAAAGCUCUAUUUAGAACAUCAUCCUUUUCAGUGUGAAUUGUGUGAAAAACGAUUUACUGCUAAAACUUACUUAUUACAACAUCAGACAUGCCAUACAGAAGAUCAAGGUUUUCGUUGUCACCUCUGCCCGAAAAUUUUCCAAUGGAAGUCUAAUUUAAUAAAACAUAGGAAAUUUCACAGUGGAGAAAGACCGCAUCAGUGUGAUAUUUGUGGCAAAAGUUUCAUGGAAAGAGCGCAAUUAGGAGAACAUAAAAAAUGCCAUUCUGACGAGAGACCUUAUAGUUGUGAUGUCUGUGGAAAAUGUUUUAAGUCGCGAUCGAACUUAAAAUGUCAUAAAAGAUGUCACAUUGAAGAAAGACCUUUUGACUGUAUGAUUUGUAAAAAGAGUUAUAGGACAUGGUCGGAUUUAAACAUUCAUAGCAGGUGCCAUUCAGGAAAAAAGCCCCACAAAUGUGAGUUUUGUGGCAAGUGUUUUAGAGUUAGAUCAGCUUUAAGUAUUCACAGGAAAAGCCAUUCUAAAGAGAGACCUUAUCAGUGUGAGAUAUGCAAAAAGUGUUUCAAACAGAAAUAUAAUUUAAAACAACAUAUGAAAUGCCAUUCUACAGAGAAACCUUUCCAGUGUCAAAUAUGUAAUAAGAAUUUUAGGGAAGAGAAACGUUUAAGGAAUCAUAAAAAAACACAUUCCCAGGAGAGACCUUUUCAAUGUGAUCUCUGCAAAAAGUAUUUUAAAGAAAAGGUAUAUUUAAAACGGCAUCUAAAAGCUCAUUUUCUUGAAAGAACUCACCAAUGUAAUUUAUGCGAAAAAAGUUUUAAGUGGCCAAACAAUUUAAAAAAACAUCAGAGAAAACAUUUUGAAGUGAAGAGUUAUCCUUGUGAAUUCUGUGAUUUGAAAUUUACAGAGAGGUCGGCUAUGUUUCAGCAUCGGAAAUCUCAUGCUGACGAACGGCCCUAUCCAUGCGAAAUCUGUGGGAAAGGAUUCAAAAAUAAAAAGCACUUAAGACGCCAUGUAAAGAGACAUUCUCCAGAGUUGCCUUAUCAUUGUGAAAUCUGCAAUAAAAAUUUCAAAGAUCCUUCUUACUUUUCUAAACAUGUACGAAAUCAUUCUUUAGGGACAAUUUAUCAAUGUGAGUUCUGCACGGAAACCUUUACAGAAAAAUUACUAUUAAUGGAUCAUGAAAAAUGUCAUUUUUAUGACACAAUCUAUCAAUGUACUCUUUGCAAAAAGAAUUUUGGGAACAAAGCAAAUUUGGCGAGGCAUGAAAAAUUACAUUCCGAGGAAAGUUCUUUCCAGUGUGAAGUAUGCAAAAAGAAUUUCAAAAACCACAGGUAUUUAAAUCAACACAUGAAAAUUCAUUCGAACGAACGACCUUAUCAAUGCGAGAUCUGCAACAUGAAUUUUAAAGAUAAGCAUCCGUUAAAGCGACACAUACAAUGUCAUACUGACGAAAAACCUUUUCAGUGCGAGCUCUGUGAAAAAGCAUUUAGGAGAAAGUCACAUUUAGUACGACAUCAGAAUUGCCAUACAGACGAAAGACCUUUUGAGUGCGGGUUUUGUCCAAAAAGUUUUAAGUUGAAAUCUGUUUUAAUUGAACAUCAAAGAUGUCAUUCCGAGGUGAAACCUUUUCAGUGUAACCUAUGUGAGAAAAGCUUUAGACAGAAGUCGAAUCUGCUUCAGCACGAGAAGCUACAUUCUGGCGAACGGCCGUUCGAAUGCAAAACUUGCUUUAAGAACUUUAAAAAUAAAAAAUAUUUGAAUCGACACAUUAAGACACAUUCCGAAGAGAGGCCUUACCAGUGCGAUUUGUGUGAUAUGAAUUUCAAGGAUAAGCACUUAUUAAAACGUCAUUUAUUGUGCCAUUCGGGAGAAAAGCCGUUCCAAUGCAAUAUAUGCAAAAAGUAUUUUAGAAGAAAAUCACACUUGGUAAGGCACGAAAAAUGUCAUACGGGCGAGAGACCGUUUCCUUGCGACAUGUGUGAGAAAAGUUUCAAAAGCGUUUCUGAAUUAAACGGUCAUCAAAGAAAUCACAUGAAAGUCAUUUAUAUGAUGAAAUCACAAGAUAAGAAAUGCGAUGAAUCAUAGCUCAAGUAAAUUGUGAUUUCUAAUCGAAUCCUUUCGUUCUACAAUAGGAUAAGAUGUAAUAAUUUACCAUACCUCGAAGAAGUGCAAUUGUGAGUGUUCCUCACAGACCUGUCAUGAUAAAAAUAUAGUUAUGUGGACCAAAAACUGUGUGAAUUUAGAAGACAUGUUCCAAGAAAUACAUAAAAUUAUUUUCAAUAUUCCUUCUUAGUGUCUCCAAAGUAUAGUUAAAAAUAAAUUACGAUAAUAAAACUUAUAAAGUAAAU